CUUUCAGUAUCAGCCUGAAAAAGUGUAGACUGGAAGUAAUUAAGGUGGAAAAAAACGAAACGAAUCAAUUACAAAUAUGUAUACAUACAUAUAUAUUAAUAAACUAAAGCGUAGCUUAAUAGCCGCUGAUUGUCGCAUCGAUAAAAAGGUGAUAUUAAAAACAAUUAAACUUGUUCUUAAAUCUGCGUUGUGACGCUUCACCACUCCUACUUUAAAUGCCCGGCUGAGACGCAUACACGCAACGGCGAUGAGUUAAAUUUAAAAUAGUGCAAGCUUAUAUUGUCUGUGGUCAGUUGCGUGCAGGACAUCGCCGGUUGUGAGUGCGUAAGGCGUAAUAGCGGGACUAGCGCUUAAAUUUACUCCACUAAGUUAAAGAAUUGUAUUUUCUUAUGUGCGAAAAAUGAAAUUUCUUUAUUUGUAUGUGAUUUUCAUCGCCGGUGUACUCGCCCUUGACAAAAACAAAGCGCAAAUAUUUCACAACCAGUUGGGUUACUGCGAACCGUUUACAGUGGAAUUUAUAGCGGGACUCGUUUCGAAAGAGGCCCGUCAAAUACUCGAUCCAGGAUCACGUCCGCGACAAAAACAAUUGCGAUAUGAUCUGUUUACACGACAGAAUCCACACAAACGACAAGUACUGUUAACGGGCGACCGAAACCGGCUGCUGACCUCGAACUUUAAUGCCAGUUGGCCAGUCAGAUUAGCGAUACACGGCUGGAAUGGUCAAACGACGACUUGUUCGAAUGCCGCCAUUAAAGAUGCCUACCUCGCAAAGGGCGAUUACAAUGUGGUUUUAGUUGACUGGUCGGAUUACUCAUUGGACAUAAAUUAUUUGCGCGUUGUGGUGGAAAUUUCCGAAAUCGCGCAGAAGCUCAAUGAGUUCACACGUUUCCUACACAACCAAACUGCCAUACCCUACACUGCCAUGUAUCUAAUUGGACACAGCGCUGGUUGUCACAUCGCUGGUAUGGCCGGGAAGCUGCUGCAACCCGACAAAUACGGUGUCAUCUACGCAUUGGACGCUUCUGGGCCGGUGCACCGCACUUUGGACGCGAAGUGGCGACUCGCACCAACCGAUGCCGUCUAUGUGGAGUCCAUACAAAGUGAUGUGGCAUUAUUCGGAUUCCCCGCUGACAGCCUCGCACACGCCUCCUUCUACCCCAACUGGGGUUUGGGACAACCGCAUUGUCCGAAUGUCACCACAAUGGAGCCGGAUUUCACCUGUGAUCAUUUCGGCGCGUUAUACUACUUCGUGGAGUCCUUGCGUAAUCCGACGGCUUUUGGCGCGAUCAAAUGUAAGAGCUAUGACAGCAUCGUGAACUAUAAAUGCGGCUGUGGCGCACGUUGGUGCAGUGCGAGCGCAUUCAUGGGCGGUGAGCCGGCUGUGCCGAAGAAGGGCGUCUACUACUUUAGCACGCGUGCGACCAUGCCCUUCGGUUAUGGUGCGUUGUGUCGUAUGAAGCGACCGUUAAAGCCCACUAUAGCGCGUAUUUGAAUGGAAAUGAAAGCAAAUUGUUGGUGUUUAUCACAUUUAUUUGCGCUUAAUUUUCGCUAUGGUUGAUUAGUCAUUUACAAUAUUUAGUUAAUGUAUUAAUAUACUACACUUUUUGGUUUUCGAUUCACUUGAGUUGCAAAAAAAAUCACAAAAUAUAUAUACACAUGUUGUUGUUGUUGUUAAAAAUACAUUAUUAAUACAUUAAUGUAUGUAUAUAACUAUAUUACUAGCGUUCUUUGGUGAGAACUUUGCGCUUAAAGAAUGAGUGCAUGAAUAAUAUGCAGCAAAUGACACAAAUUUGAAAAAUACACUUAAAUAAGGGCACAUUUUUAAGUUUGAACAUGGCUGCAUUCAAGCUUAAAUACAAUAUUUUUGUAUAUUUAAAACAAAGCACACGGAUAUUGUGUAUUAACUUGAAGCUUUUGAUCAUUAAGUUAAAGCAAAUGGAAUCGCUAAUGGCGACAUAAAAAAAUACUGUAAAGUUUAUGACUUAAGUUUAGUUUAAGUUAGCGUUUGGAAAAAGAAAUUUUGUGUUAUGCUUAGCACAGCUCACUCGUAUCGUUCGUACUGCUCAAUAAAAAUAAAAAUAAUAUAAAUAAAAACAACAACAAAAAAUUUGUAAACCCGCCACCGUUUGUUUGAGCCUUUAAAAGUAAAACCGCAAGCAGAAAUAAAUACCGUUAACUUAAUAAAAUGUAUAUGAAAUAAAAUA